AUGGCGGUGUGUGUAUGGACUUGUCAAAACAUAAUACUGCAUUCAACUAUAAUAUAUUCAACUGUAAAUGGAAGCAAAUGCUGUUUUUGAUACUCUGGCCAGCCAGAUGAGGAUGGUCUCUCCCUCUAUACCCUGGUUCUUCUCAAUGGAUAUCCAAAUUAGAAGUGUUUCCUAGCCACUUUGGCUAUUCACCUUGGCUUUCUCUUUGGAGGUGUACUUUGUGAAAAAAAGUCAUAGAUAAGAUUUGAUUGGUUGAUUGACUAACACAAUUUCUUCUCUCUGUGACCCAUGCAGAUACCAGAUCCACACGGGCCUCCAGCACUCGGUCAUCCGGCCCACCCAGGCCAACUGCCUGCCCCUGGAGAACGUCACGCUGCCCCAAAAGCUCCGGCAGGCGGGCUACUCCACCCACAUGGUGGGCAAGUGGCACCUGGGCUUCUACAAGCGCGGCUGCAUGCCCACCCAGCGCGGCUUCGACACUUUCUUUGGGUCCCUGCUGGGUAGUGGUGACUACUACAGCCAUUAUAAAUGUGACGGUCCUGGCAUGUGUGGCUAUGAUCUUUAUGAAGGGGAGGAGGCGGCCUGGGAACAAGAUAGGGGCCAAUACUCAACCCUGAUGUUCACCCAAAAAGCUGUGGACAUCCUGGCUCACCACAACCCUCAGAAACCCUUAUUCCUCUACUUGGCCUUUCAGGCGGUCCACUCCCCGCUACAGGUGCCUGCUCGCUACCUGGAGCGCUACAAGUCCAUCCCUAACUUACAUCGUCGCAAGUACGCCGCCAUGGUGUCCUGCUUGGACGAGGCCAUCCACAACCUCACGCUGGCGCUAAAGCGCUACGGUUUCUACGACAAUACAGUGAUAGUGUACUCGUCAGACAACGGGGGCCAGCCUAUGGCCGGGGGCAGCAACUGGCCACUGAGGGGGAGCAAGGCAACUUACUGGGAGGGGGGCAUCCGGGCCGUAGGCUUCGUCCACAGUCCCCUGCUUGUGAACAAGGGGACCCGAUGUCGGGCGUUGAUCCACAUCACGGACUGGUUCCCCACCCUGGUGUCCUUGGGGGAGGGGACUCUGGAUGAAGACCUCAACCUGGAUGGGUACGACGUGUGGGAGACCAUCAGCGAGGGCCGUCCAUCCCCCCGUCAGGACAUACUGCACAACAUCGACCCCAUCUACACUAAGGCCAAGAACGGAUCCUGGAAGGCCGGCUACGGCCUCUGGAACACGGCCAUCCGGGCCGCCCUCCGGGUGGGUCACUGGAAGCUCCUUACUGGGGUGCCGGGCUACAGCGACUGGGUCCCUCCGCAGACGUUCUCCAAUAUACUUCUGACCAACCGCUGGCAUAACGAACGCAUCCGCUGGGAUCGUGGAAAGUCCAUCUGGCUGUUCAACAUCACGGCAGACCCCUAUGAACGAGUGGACCUGUCGCUACACUACCCACACAUAGUGAAGAAGAUGCUAUUGAGGCUAGCACAGUUCAAUAGGACGGCCAUUCCGGUGCGCUACCCAGCUAAAGACUCCCGCUCCAACCCUAACUUUAAUGGAGGGGUGUGGGGACCCUGGUACAAGGAGGAAGAGGAAGAAGAUGAAGACGCUAGGGAGACUAACCUCCUCACCAACUACCUGGCCAAGAAGAGACGGAAGAAGAAAGCAAAGAAGAAGAGGAAGCUCUGA